AUGCUUGAGGACAGCAGGGAGUUUGCACGAAAGACAGGCCAGUCGCCUUCAUACCCUGCCUCAGGCCCAAAUAAGCUUCGCAAUCUCAUCAUCCUGAGUUCCAAUUUCGUGACCUUCCAUCUCCUCAUUCCCCUCCCUAUACCUCCAUCUCUUUCCCAUCACCUCCUUAAACACUCCAGUGUCGAUAUCCCCACGCAUGACAGUCUCAGAGAAAGGCCGUAUCGGCUGAAUCCCACCGAGAGGCCUCAGCGUCACGUCCAGAUCAGGUGCAAUGAACAAAACCGCACUCAAUCGACGAACGCCCGGUGUACGUCUAACCCGGUGUCUAGCUGCAGCGAUACGGCCACCACUCAAAAUAACCGCACACCAGCCAGUCAGGACGACAGUGGCAUCACCCGCAACAGGGACCCACGAGCCAGGCGCACUGGCAUCUUCGAGCUCCAGGCCAGGGGUACCGUCUUGGAAGAUGAUAGUGAAGGUGCCGUAGUCAGUGUGGGCGCCGCAUCCAUUCAAGGAUCCAGAGGCAGCGGUCACGGGGUUAUAAUCGCAGAGACGGAAGUUCAUGUUGUAGGUACUGUGCGCGGGUGUAAAAUCUGCGCCAGCAAUGAUACUGAGAGUCGAGAGUAUUGA